GAUCGGUUGCGUAAAUACUUUUGAAAGACCCUAUUAGCGCGCGGGGCGCCACGUUUGAUCUGUGGACGGGCUUGGGCGGGUGCAGUGCCGGGCAGAGAGCCACGUACGCCAUGGAGUCUAUGGGUCGGCAGGACCGCAGGCUGCAUCAGCAGCUUAAGGAAAGCAGUAGCCGCUUCCAGACGUUAAUGAAGCGGCUGAUAGCGAAGUACAACCAGCCCUUUGAGGACGACCCGUUGGUGGAGAUGAGGACGUUAACCUACGAGACGCCCCAGGGGUUGAGAGUUUGGGGAGGAAAGCUGAUGAAGAAGGAAGACAAGGAAUACACUCAGGUGAUUGACAGAUUAAAUGGGCAAGCUCCAGAAGGUGAUUCAGAGAGCAGCGGUGCGGAUACGAGCUUAGAGGAGAACUGGCCAUCUUGCAGCUCAGCGAUGAGAGAAGCCUCUGGUGAUCCUAGGCAGCGUCAGCCUGCAGUGCCCGGAAACACCUUGGAAACUGAUUUAAGAAGGAAGUACUUGACCCAGGUGGAUAUAUUGCCUCAAGAUGAAGAGUAUUUUAAGAACGCAGAGAAGAGAGGUGGAAAAGACACAGUCAUGACUUGGGUUCCUUCCGUGACCUCAUCUGUCACACCAGCCUCUGGAUGCCAGGAUGCUAUCUCUGCAAAGAGCUCUGGUGGUCCUGAAGUAUCUGCUUUGUCCUCUAGAGGCCAGGGUCCCUCAUACCCUUGCCCAGCUGAUAUGGCCAUUGUGGCUAGAAGUGAUGGCCUCUCCUUACUUGGGACCAGCAGCAACAGCGUAAGCAGCCAGUCCUUUGAGGUUGAUGACCUUUGCAAUGUGACAAUCAGCGAUUUGUAUGAAGGCAUGAUGCAUUCCAUGAGUAGGCUGCUGCGCUCAAAGCCAUCCUGCAUCAUCUCCACCAAGACCUACAUCAACCAGAGCUGGAAGCUCCGGAGGAGACCCUCACGCAAGCAGGGGCUGCACAAGAACAGGACACACUGCCCCCGGAGCAAGCCCUCCCAGAGGAGUGCCAGGAAGGGGCCUGCGUCCUGCUCAGAGCCCGGGAAAGAGGCCGGAAUAUUAAGAGACUACGGGAAUUUACUGCACGUUGCUCCCCACAAGACAGGCUUAGAACUGAAAAGCGUUUCUCUUGAAGGAAGCAAACGCCAAGUCCAUAAAUCCAGUCCAGCUUGGAAGGAGCUCCAGAUGAUGCCGCAGAAGGACUUGGACUUAAACCGUGAGCGAGAAAAUAGGGUGAUGACAUUACAGUGGCUAAUUUCACCCGUCAAGGUGGUUCCCAGACCAAGGAUGCUUCCAAGUCAAGUAGAGAAGUGGUAUAGAGAGAUUAAAAUCAAAUUUGACAAGCUUCAUCAGGAAUAUUGCCUGUCUUCUGGGAAACAGCCUCGCCUGACUGACCCCACAGAGUCUUGGGCUGUCGAUGUGUACAGAAGUGGUUCUAAGAGCCCAGGCAGCCGUCAGGAUGUAGAAACCUGCAGGCCCAGUUCACCUUUCGGCAGAGAAAAGACAGAAAGGCCAGGUGAAGCUUUAGAAGACCUGAGGGGAAAUGGAAAGUCUGUCAAAACAAAGAGCUGUCUUCUAAGGAGCUGUCCCUCUCCAGAGGGCAGCCCGUCACGGAGCCCCAGCCAUUCUCAGCUGAGCUCUGGCCUUCAAGAGCACAAUUCUGAACCUACUGGUAAGGCAGUGUGGCCCAGUACAGCUAUUUCAGCACCAAGCAUAGGCUCUCCAGGCUGUGGGAAGGAUAACUAUGAUGAGCUUAAAAAAGAAUUCAACAGACUUUAUCAGAAGUAUUGUCUGUCACCGCAGCGGGCGAAGGUGACUUCGUGUGGCAGAGUAUCGCCAAUGAAAGCUGCUGCAGCUCUUCCCUGUCAAUCAGAGCACUUGAAGAGACUAAAUCCAGACUCCCCACAACAGAGUUCCCAGAAACGGUCAAUCUCUCCUGGCUGUCACAGAAGAGUCCUGCAGGAUUCAACUGCACAGACUGCUAGUACACUUGUGAGAGACUCUUGGCUGCCAACAAAGAGGUGCAAGUUGUCAUACCCGGUAGCUUGUGCUCACCAGGCCAAGUUUCACGAUACCUCAGGAGCAUCAGGCUGGCCCUGAGUGUCCUGAGUGCUGAUUGCGUGUUUGUCUGUUGGACAUGAUGCUUAUGUGUAGUCAGCAGCUGCUUUGAGGAAGAAGACCUCAGCAGAGACUUUUGUUUCUCCUUUUGGAGGACGGUCCCCAGGGCAUCCUGUGUACUGAGCAGUCUUCCAUUGCAGCUCCCUGUAGCCACUUGGCCUCUGUCCAGCCACCUCCCCUGCUCCGUAUCACAGCAUCAUCUCUGUCCUUUCUUGUGGGAUGUUGGUGCCUUGGGCUUCUCUAGCCAGCCUUGGCCAUUACUGUGUCUCUUUAUCUUAUUCAGGGGAUUCUCAGUGGCAGUUUUCCUCUUAACAUGAAUUACUUACAGUGUCUCUACUCCCCACUCCCCCAUCUUCACCUUCCUCACUUCUGCUUCUGAGUAGGUGAGUGUCCUUCAGGAGAGCACGGUGUUAAAUCCAUGAGUUGAGUCAUGACAGAACGCUGUUCACACCUCUCGGCUUAGUCUUAAGAGCGCUGGUUGUGGGGGUGGGGGAGAUGUUUUAUUUGGUUUUUGAGGCAGUCUUGCAUAGCUUGGGCUGACCUUGGACUCCUUGGAUAGUCAAGGUAACCAUGAGUUCCUGAUCCUCCUUUCCAAAUGCUGAGGCUAGUUUUGUUUUCUGAUUUAUUUCCAUGGAUAAAAAUACUUUGUGAACUGUAUUUCCCUGGUUGAACUGGGUCUCUGGCUGCCUGGUGUGGCAGGAAUCCCUGGCAGGGUAUUCCCACCAGCUAUCUCCCUUUGCUCUUGGCCUUGAGCUGUUUGUCUAGCUGCCUCAACCUCGUGAGCCCCCUUGACUUUCCUAGACCAAACUGCUAUCGUGGUGUGCCUUGGUGGCCUGCUCCAGAAAUCACUAUGGAAGUGACUGUGAGAGUGGACUCGUGUCUAGGUCACCUUGGGGUAAUCUGAGAUUCUGAUGAGAAGAAAGGUCGCUGGAGACCUUAGUUCAGAACCUGCAUCCUUUUCCAGCCUGUGUCCCCAGCUGUCCCAAGAAUACAGCUGUGUCCCUUGCCCACCCAUCUGGGCCUGCCUUCAGCUCCAGAGCCAACGAAAUCUUGCUACUUUGUCUUUAAAGCCUGUCUUGCUAUAUAGCCCAAGCUGAUCUUGACCUUGUGGUCCUCCUGCCUCAGCCUUCCUAAGAAGCUGGGGUUAUAUGUGUGCAGCGUGCCCUGCCUUUGAAGUCCCACCUGCCUGGCACUCUACCUGGAGAAAACCUUGCUUUUCCUGCAGCCCGGAGACCUCGCUUGCCCAACUACUAGCAGGGACUUCGACUUUGCAGAGAAUAGAAUCAAGUUGCUGGUUAGUGGCAGUCAUAGUGCCUAGAGCUUCUUCCCUGGUACCCAGGAGUUCCUCACCACUCCCCUGGAAGUUACUAGCCUAUCCUUAGGGCCUUUACCAGAUGCCUUCUCUAGUUCCAUCUUGAGCCACAUUAAACACUAAAUGGCUUCAUUUUCUGUUUCUUUCUAUGUCAGCUAUAAAUUACUUGGAGAGGGGACCAGGUCUCUACAUUCAGUGACAACAUGAAGGAUAUUAGGAGCUAGUUCUUCCUCCUUUGUGCUAGACCAGUAAGGCUUUUAUAUACCUUGCUCUAUCUAGCUAAGGACCCUUUGGUGAUGUGGGCAGUCUCUCUUAGGAAGACAGUUUGUGUCUGCUGACUCCUCUAAGUUCACUCAAAUUGGGCUGACAUACCCAGGGCAAACUGCCGGGACAGCAGCAACCAUUAUCAUUGCUGCUACCGUAGUGUGCCUUGAGUUCUUUGACAACAGGAGAUUUCCCACAGUGGGCAUAACACAGGUGCCUCGGGGUUUACACUGGGCAGUCAGGAUGAAAAAGUGAUUUUUUUUGAUAGGAAAAAUUUAAAGUUUAAACAUUUUGUCUUGCCCCUUGCCUCUAGUUCUGCUUUUAGAAGGGGUCUCUGUCCCGAUCACCUUGCUGGCAUCAGAUGCACCUCAAGCAUGCUGUACCACAGCUGUCUGCCCUUCAUGCUCCAGGGCAGCUGGUACCGUGGAAAGUGCCUGGGGUGGUUUUGCAAAUAAAGGUAUAUGGUUAGCAUUACCAAUGUCGGUCUGCCCUGCGGACCUGUUUGUCUUCUCUGACUCUGGCAUGCCGUCUAGAGUAUGCUCCACAUUUUGUGUUUUGAAACAUCACUUGCUCGUGACACCUACAGUUGAGCCCCCAGACACAGUGAUCCUUGAAAGUAAAUAAGACUGUUCCGUUUUUUAAAGAGACAGCCAGCUGAAACUGCCUGAGCUUCACCCACAAGAAGAAAUCCCAAGGUCUUGAUGCUUUUAGAAGAAAUAUUUAAAACAAUUCUGAAUUCUUUCCAAAUGUUCUUGCAGCCAUGCAGCACCCACGAGGCCUCUGAUGCUACUUGAGGUGGUGUCUAGUUGCCAAUAGCUAGUAUUCCUGAACAAUUUCAGUUACCCCGUGGGUGGUAACAGAACUCAAGUGACCAACUAUCUAGGGACAGUUGUUAGUACACUGCCUCUUGUGUUUUUCAAUGUAAGACUGAAGAGCAGGCUUUUCUCCUGUCCUUCCCUUACAAUGGUUCCUGAGUUCCCACCUCCACACCCACCCCAUCCCCCACCCCCAUUUGCAGUACUUGUGAGUCAGCUGUAACAGUUGACCAUCAUCUGGCCACCAGCCAAGCUGCUGACAGCAAACUGCUAAUAAAUUGCUGUAAGGGGAGAAGGCUGAGAUGAGGGUGCAGGUUUGGCCUGUUCUGUUGAGGUUUCUUUCUGGCUAUAGACAAAACACCUCCGGGAGGUGGAGCGAGAUCCUGUGACAACAAAGUUCAUGGCUGGGUACGCUGACUCACUCAGGAUGCUAGCGUUAGAGAAGCUAAAACAAGAGGGUCACUACAGAGUAAGAGCCUGUCUCAAAAAAAAAAGGUACCAUUUUUAUUGUGAGGGCUCCAUGUAGCCUUCCUGGCCUACACAGUGUUGAGCCCAGACAACACUGCACUGGGUUCAGGGCUUCAUCUGAAUUUGAAGAACUCGUGUUGGUAUAGCAAUAAAUCUGAGAGCCUGGCACCUUGCAGGAUGCCUAUUUUGGCAGUGCAUGAACCUCCAGAGUAGGCAUGACCUCUGUAGCGAGACCAACCCUUCUUUGGGCCUGACCCUUCCUGAGAACACAGGGGUCCGGAAUCCCCUAGUGGAGGAGGCUGAGCUGGCCUGGGCAAGGGUGGAAGUCGAGUAUCUGAGCGCUGCUAAAGGAGCCGCUAACUGAUAACUUCUCUGCUUUUAACUCAAAGAAUAUUGGCUACUCUGCAGGUUUGCUUCACAGUUGACAGGAGCUUGCCCCAAGGGAGCACUUCUUAUAUUGGAGGUGUGUCCCCAGGUAGUAGCACUGGUAGAUGCGUGCACCUGUGGGCUGAGGUUGAUUUCCCAGAGUGGUUACAAAAGCCCAGGCCUGACUUCACCCAAUUCUCUAGUUUACUGUUUGUCUGCUUGGGCGUUUUUUGCUGGUGGUGGUAGUGAGUGAGUGGGUUUGUUUGUUUGCAAGUGGUGCCUGCUCUGCCCCCACAUAUCCUCAUAUCUGACACCAGGCCCUCACCAGAUCUCUCGUCUACCACAAGAGUUGGCCUUGGGUUUCUAAAACUAAGUUAAACCGUUAUAUAGAUUAGGAGUGUCCAGCCUCGAGUAUUUUGUGAUAGUGAUAGGAAACUGGUGUUAUCUGGAGGGGCCCACAUGGGUUGUGGACAUGUGUAUGUGCACAACACUGCCACACUCUUAGAAUGAAUACAGUAUAACUUGCCGAAUAGCCUUUACAAAUGGCUACCCAGUAGAGCGAUGUAAGAGACGCUUCUCACCCAUUGGUGCUCUCUGCUGGCAGUGACAAACAUGGUGUGUCUUCCUUCACCUGUGGUGAUUUUUUUUCUCUGCUUUUGAGGCACUAAGGAUGAACCCAAGCUUCGUGCUUGCUUGUUGAGCGCUGACAGCCCCACACCCCAAUCUGCUUUCAUUUGAGGUUGGGCAUACUGCCCUGACUAUCCUGACUUCACCGGGGUUCUCAGGGCACUCACUGUUCUAUUCACCUCUGUUAGAAUUGGGUUUCCUCUUGAGUCCACACCACCCCAUCUCAUGUUAUACAGAUCACAAAUAACCUCCCCUCUGUGAUUUGUUAGUUUUCUGGUGUUAUGCAGAGUUACAUUUUACAAUGGUUAGAGAGCUUAGACCUUUUACACUUUCUGAAUUCUAUUCCUUUUUAAAAGAAAAGUCCCAUCAGAGACAGGCCCCUGCCCUCGGUUCUGCUGGUCACCCUUUGGCCUCUAAGUGUUCUGCCCAGGUGGAAGGGGAGCCCUGGGCACAGAUGUGUGUGCAUAUGUUACGUGACACAUCCUGGGCUAGUGUACAAGCACAGCCAGAGUCGUCGGUACCAGCACUUCUCUAUUUACUCUAUUGGAGCGGAAAGGUUGCAGAAAUCACCGCUGUGAGAAGCCUCAGCAAGUGAAUUGCUUCAGACAGGGUGAGCAUCUCUCCUGUGGAGGUGCUGCCUUGAGCAUUUUUUCCUGCCCUGGCCUCAGUAGCAACCCAAGGAUGAGAAAGUUGUCCUUGCUCUCUUUUCUUCCCCUUCCAGAUUUCUAGCCAUGGGACUAAUUACCCUUUUGGUUGCCCCACCAAACUGUUCCGGGCGGGCCCCACUAGACUCCUGAUCCAGUGGCCCAAACACUGAUAAUCUCGGGUCUCUGAGAAAGGGGAAGGGUAGGCUUUGUGUGAGUACCGUCUCCCAGGUGUAGCGCUUCACAGUGUCUAUGCAUGCAUCUGCCUUUUUGCUUUAGGAACAAGGUCCCUGGGGACAGGCUGGGCAGUAGUUUGAUCUCCCCUUGCCUGUCACCAUGCCCCGCUGUGAGUACACAUCAGGACACAUGGGAGAGCAUGCUUGUCCACCCCCACAAAGGCUCAGCUGAGGAGGAAGAGGCCUACAGGGCUGAAGCUGCCCUUUGCCCCGUGGUUGGCUCUGGGAUGUGAUGGCCACACAGCCAGGAGCCUGCACUCGGGAGAGCAGUGGAGAUAUAUUUCAGAGGGAGAGGAGAGUUGGAUACCCAUUCUUUUACAACAGUUUUUCUACAAAUGAAAAGUGAUUUGCCUUGCUGUGGCAGGUGUGACACCGAUGAAGCAGUUCACUCGCAUCAGGGCCACUUACGGCAGUCCUCUGGGUGACGCUAAGAGCCAGUGCUGAUUGCAGCUGUCCAGGACUUUGAGGGUCUCCAAGGCUGCCCUCCUGACCCCAGCGUCUGAGUCUAGCUGCAGGUCCUGGAGAGCUGAGAGGGGACAAAAAGCACAGGUCUUUGAGUCAGGACCACAUGCACUCAGCCCACUGCAGACUGAGGCAGGCCGACUCAUUUUUCCACACCCUCCACAGACCUGUCAGGUGGCCUGACACCACUAACAGGGACAGCAGAAACAUGUGAGAAUGGUGCCCACCAAAUGCUCUCCCUGGAAACCUCUCCCUACAUUCAAUUGUUCUCUCUAGGCCCAGCUACUCCUUCUUCCCCCAUUAGCCCACAGCCAAGGGUCACCAAGCCCCUAGUGAGCCAUCCAUUUCUACCACUGAGUCCACGCUACUUAACAAUUGCGAAGUCCCACAAGGUCCAUCUUUUUCAGAUAAUGGGCAGACAGCUGCUUCAUAAUAAUUCCUGAAAUGAUAGAUGUACAGUCAUGCCUUAACUCCAGUGAGGGGUCGCCAGGCCCACAGGGCUGGCUGCCUCCCAGAAAGAGAGGCAGGCACACAUUGACCUGUGAAGACAUCAGUCAAGUGUCUUAUCUGGCUGAAGUUGGCAGUGUGCAAGAUCAGGGGAGCAUGAAACAGGACUGGCAGACCUAGUGUUGCAAGCUAGACUAGGGCUCGCCCUCCUCCCACCUCAGCUGCUUUGACUCCCCCAUCCAAACCCAGGAUUAACUAUGUGGCUUCAAGAUCCCCCCUGAACCUGGACACGUGUCUCACCCGCCAAGUUGCAGGCAGCAAUUCUGAUCCUUGACAGAUUGUUUUUCAUGAAGACUGUUGUUUCCAACAGGAAGCCACAGAGAACAGCAGGCUUUUUCUGGGCCUGCAAAAAAAAAAAAAAAAAAAAAAAAAAAAGUGCCACCUGGCUGUGGAGGAAUCACAUGGCUGUGGGGAAUGAGAUGGGAACAGGAUGCUCCCAAAGAGCAUUCCUUCCUGUCAGGGACCUUCCUGGACUUUGAAGAUUGUUACCAACCAACCGACCAACAAAUGCAAAAAUACCACAUAACAAUUUUUCCCCUCGAUCAUAUCUUGAAAUGGCCAUAAUCUGGUUAGUUGGGGCUAAAUAAAUUCUUUAGACAAAAUUAA